AUAUUUUAAAAGGGGAAAAUUUGACUUUUUGAUCGGAAAAGAAUUUGGCAAUUCCGCUUAUGCCGUUGCGUAGAGCACGGCGAAACGAGUUCGUAGACAUGGAGUAGACCCGAACCAGAGUUGUAAUGAAGAAGUUACGGUCAAAAUACUCACGAGGGCAAAAUGGAAAUUUUGGGAGAUCAUUUUUUAAAUCUGUUUUCUUCUCUCACUCUCUCAUUCUCUCACUCUCUCUCUCUCUCUCUCUCCCUCUCUCUCUCCCUCCCGAGAGUUCAAAAAAACAGAAGGGCAGCCACCUUCCAAGCCACCCCGACCCUCCGGAACGGACCCAGCAGCACCGGCCAGCUCCCGCCAGCAACCUCAGCCCGUCCGCCGCCCCUGCUGGAGCCGCUGGAAACUGCUGGAAAACGCAGCAGUUUUGGCCGAUUUUCCAACCUCAGUUUCUCCCACAUCCGGACACCAAAUCAGUCGUGUGAGGCAUCAGAGGCCAAACUGAACCACAGGAGGGACCUUCAAGAGGUCCAGCUAGCUCGGACCAGCACAGUUAAUAUUUUCUUAAACCACUGUGGGUACCCGGUUACAGAAACAGGUGGCCGUCAAAUAAGACGAUGUCUACGGACAUCCAGAUUGCCUUCGGUUUAUGUUGCCUUCGGAUAUGAUGAUGUCUACAGACAUCCAGUUUACUUUCAGUUACGUCAGUGCACUUGA